GGGCUGUUGCUUAAGUGCCAAAAGAUUUCAGGUUCAAAAAUGAAAUUUUGGUGCAAAUCGUUUAAAAUGCUGUAGAGGAAGUCAAAUUCGAGGCUAUUGAACGAGCUAAGCUAUUAUUUAUUCUCCCAAAAGGGCUUUAGUAUCAUGCUGAUGACAACAACAUACUUUUUCAAGAAGUUUGUGUUGUUAAGAGACCCGGCUCCAAUAACGCGCUGUGAGGCAUCCGUCGUUAAAACGAAAACAUUGAAAGAAAAAUAUACCCUAACUAUGUUAUAUAAUUGAUUGUUGUUAUUAUUCUGUUUUGCUUUGACAUAAUCCGAACCUGUUAGGGAUUUCCUGUUUGUGAAAGGAUUGAAUUAAGGAAUUUUGAGAACCUCAUUGGUGACGGAAUAUUUUAAUAAAAAGCACUGUUUAUUUUUUUCUAAUUUCCUCUGAUUAAAUUGAGCCCUACGUAAUGAGCGUUAGCCAAAUUGCGAGAUACUAGAAUGUUUACUUUGUUUAGUCGUACGAGAUAUAGCUCCCUGAGUGUUAUCGCAAUUUUUGAUAAUCCCCUGUGACAGGUAAAAAGCUUUGUGCUCGUUGGUAUAUUGCAACUUAAGCAAAAAACAAUCGAUAAUUAGAAGAGACAAAAAACAAGGACCGUCAUUUUACCCAUUAACAACAUUAAAGAUCAUCAGCAUUAGCUGGACGUGGAAAAAUGAGCUAACUGCUGCCAGGGUUGUGAUUGGUGGUCUUGUUGAGUUCUCACUUGGCAGCUGUUUAUUACGUCGUUUAUCAGACCUCGCUAGCGGCAAGAGUCAACAAACCAGGGUUUUAUCACAGCAAAUCAGUCGUGAGGGCAAGGAAAAGAGGCUCGUGUCACAUCUCCGCCGGUAAAUUCGCAAUAAUCCCACACUAUCGACAGACCUAUCAAGUGGGCAAAUUAAAUAGUCAGUCUAUGCAAUAGUAUUCCAAAACGGAUUUUCCAUGCCCUCGAUUAUUGGUUGUUAAAACAAUUGAUGUGUUAACGAAUGUAAAUAGUUCCGAUAAAGCAUCCCUAUUUCCACGAGUGUACAAAUUGUGGUCGCAAGAGAGCAAGUACUUAGACACUGAAAUCGUUUCUUGACCAAGCCUUUUCUAUACCUUGCGUAAGGUCCUUGACUGCGGUAAUUCAAUUUCCUUGACUCAAAUUGUACAUGUUCCCUGGCAGCCUACCCGUUGGCGAAUGGAAGCGGGUCUUUUUGAAUGUUAAGCGUCAAAGUGCCGUAAUUCAACUCACUGAGCUUGUUCAAUUAUCGUGUAGGUUGACUUCACAAGUCAUGUUCCUGUGCAGUCAUUAUGCGCUUAGUUCAUAGCAGGAAGACACGCUAAGCAGAGAAGAAGAGGAAUGGCGGAUAAAGUUGUGCGUUUUGAGAACUGCGCGAGAGCGGACGACGAACCAAUUUUGUCACUGGGAAAAAGCACAUCUCAAGUUGAGCAAGCAAAUGGGCAGUCCUCCUCUUUGGAUGUCCUGGGAAGUAUAGAGACGCUAAGCGUCACGGAAAGUCAUGGAAGGUGGAAAGGUUUAACCACUCGGAUUCGGACGGCGCUAGCUGUAAAAAAUGCUGUAAAACCUGCAAGAACCCGACGGCGAUCAUUGUGGCGAGCACCGACCGAGACCGUAGAUCCCUUCAUUCAAAAAUUCAGCACUCGAUCGGACAGAAAAACAACCCCGCCAAAACGCAAAAGCUCACAUAAACCUCAAAAUAGAAAUGCGGCGGAAAAGGACAAUUUGAGCACGGUAGUGGAGUUGGACAGUAAAGAGCUCGAGAGUGAUUGUACGUCGGUUUAUGAGUACGACACGAGUUGGUCCGCUGUACUCAAGGAAAUCCCCACUGUCAUUGCACCUGAUGGGCGCUUUAUGUACAUUUGGUUCUAUUUUGUCGUGUUCGCGAUACGCUACAAUCUAUGGGUGGUCAUUCUACGGAUCGCCUUCCCCGCGGCUCAAGACGAGUUCACAGUCGCGUGGCUCGUGUUUGAUUAUUUCUGCGACUUCCUUUAUGUUUUGGAUAUCAUUAUCAAUUUUAGAACUGGUUUCCUAGAGGAAGGGAUUUUGGUAGUCGAUGCUAAGCGUGUCGCCCGUCAUUACGCCGUUUCUAAGAACUUCAUUGCGGAUCUACUCUCGGUUUUCCCCACAGACAUAUUAUGCGUACUUUACCCGGAGAGAUUACCAAUGCUUAGAAUCAACAGACUCAUAAAGGCGUACAAAAGCUUCAGGAUCAAAUCCUUAAUGGAAUCGCACACGACCUAUCCCACCUUUCUACGAGUGUUCUUUCUUCUUCAUCUAAUGUUUUUGCUAAUCAACUGGAAUGCGGGUUUUUAUAUCAUGAUUUCGAGAACGGAAGGAUUUGGUACGAACGCUUGGGUUUAUCCAGGGAACGGGUCUUUAUAUCAGCAGUAUCUCAAGUCUCUUUAUUGGUCCACACUGACUCUAACGGCGAUUGGGGAUUUGCCGUCACCGGCCACAAACUUUGAACGAAAAGUACACCAUCAGUUACAAAGGUAUCUGUACACGAUCGCCUGCUACCUAUGCGGCGUUUUCAUGUUUGCGACGAUCGUGGGGAAUGCUGGGAGCAUCAUUGUGAACAGGAAUGCCAAUCGAUUGGACUUUGAAAGACAGCGGGAAGGGACAAAUAACUACAUGCGUAAGAACAGAGUCCCCAAAGACCUACAGCGGAGAGUACUCAUGUGGUACGACUACUCGUGGGCAAGGGGUCGCAUUGGAAGCGGAGGUGGUGACCUGAACUCGCUCACUCUUCUCCCAGACAAACUCAAGACGGAGAUCGCCCUGCACGUCAAUCUGGAAACGCUAAGGAAAGUAACAUUCCUACAAAAAUGUCAACCGGAAUUUCUCCACGACCUGGUCCUGAUGAUGAAGCUAAGGAUCUUCACCCCGGGGGACUUCAUCUGCCGUAAGGGCGAGGUGGCAAGGGAGAUGUACGUAAUCAUCGAUGGCAAGAUCGAGGUUGUCGGGGAAGUUGGUCAAGUUUUAAAAGUCCUGUCGGGCGGAGACUUCUUCGGAGAGAUCGGUAUCCUUAGCCUAAGCGAGGGGCAAAACAGGCGUACAGCAGACAUCCGAACCAUCGGGUACGUGGAGUGUUUCGUGUUGUCUAAGGAGGAUGUCUUGAAGGCGACUCGUGACUAUCCGGAGGCGCAGGCAGUGCUGGCCGAAUACGGACGCCGCCGUCUACAGGGCCAGUCCACAUGCAAGGACCCUCGGCUUGUAGAUAUGGAGGACUGCGGCAGGGACUCGGCUCAACGCAACAAGAACGAAGAAGGGGGUUCUCAGCAGUGGCCGCACACAUGCACACCCACUUCAGACGCGACUAACGGUCUCCCUGCAUCGUUAAGCCUUCCCACGGUCAUUCACACGUCCGCCAGGUCAAGAUCAUCUUCCUCUUCCUCGGCUUCCCUCCUGACGCCCAUCCCUACAUCCAGCAUUGCGCUACAAUACCACGAGUCGCGCGCGAACACGCCACGCAUUGACACGCCACGCGCGGACAUGCACUACGGGGCAGAGGAACAAGGUUCACAGAAAAUCGACUCGAUAUCUUCUCGUAGGGAUAGCACGACGACCGCAGGGACACAUUUAUUCAGUCCAUAUCCGAGUCAAACUUUAGAAUCGCCACUGACGGGUUACGGUGGCACAAGGCGGUCGUCAAGGGCGGGAUUACUCGAUCCGUUGCCACAAAGACGGGCGAGUUACGCGGGAAUCACCAAGGACCAGUCGGAACUUGUAUCUCUCAGGUUACCCAAAGAAGGACCGGAUAUGACGUCAUCGGAUAUAAACAGUAGUAUAGUGCGUCUGUUGACGGCUUCGUGCGGGGAGGUCGUGAGUAAAGUGAAGGGGCUGAUGGAGAAAGAGAUGCAGAACAGAAUUGAUAGUCUUUCGAGAGAGCUACAGGAGCUAAGAGGAGAAUUAACCGAGAAAAACGACAAGAUUAAUACACUCAAAGGGCAAAUCUCUCUGCAGGAGACGGAUCUUAGCGCUUGGAGGCGGGCUGUCCAAGAGCUAGAAAGAGAAGGGCAGCGCCGGACCGAGGAAAUGAGAAACCUCAAGGAAGAGAUUCUGAUUCUCAAAGAUCAGGUGAAAGAGUCUCCGUCUACGAAAACGAGAAAGACCCGGCCGAGGACGACCAUUAGCAUGACGUCAUUAUUACACGAUGACGAGACUUAGACCGUGAAGCAUGCUGGUCAUGUUCCGAAAUACGUCCGCAGGAUGACGUUAUUGCCACGUGAGGGCUGAACUAGCCCGUGAAGCAUGCUGGUCAUGCCUCACAUGAAAACAAAAUAUAAAGAAAUAUAAAAAUAUUAAGAGCUAACAAAAAAACAGUGCAGAAGCUUUCAGCAACAGGAUCAUAGGUAAAUUUAUGAUGUAAUUUACUUCUAAAACUUUGAAUUAAGUGCCGUCCACACGAGCGAAUUAUUAUUUUUAAAGCUCGUGUAGAUGCCCCCAAAAAGCAUAUUUUUAUUGGCAAUUUCCAUUUAAAAAAGGCAAGUUUGCUUUUUUUACAAUCAAAACUUGACUUGUAGAUUCAUUGCUCGUGUAGAAGGAAGAAUAAAGAAACUUUGUCAAGGGAAUUGUCUGCUGGCCAAACCACCACUGACGUGCAAGAAAAAAAAACAUUGCUAAUGAAAAACUGUUGUCGCAUCUACAUGGUAAAUGUCCAUUUUUAAUGAAAUUUUCCAAUGUAAAUUUGCUUGUGUAGACGGCCCUUAAUUGUUUUAUAUGAUGUUUGCAACGGGUUAUAAGUAAAUAAAUUGAAAUACAGAGGAGUAUCGCAUAUAAUAUAAAUGUAAAUAUUCAUCUUUUUAUUUUCGACAACUUGUAAGAUCACAGAUCACAUCUGCCUUAAUAUGAAAAUACAACAACAUUGCAUUGUU